GUAUCCACUGAUAGAAGGUUAAGCACGUGGGUAUGUAACACAAUGGAUGUCCUCAUCGACUAGACAAAAGUCAAAAGAAGGAUAUCAUCGACUUAAAAGAAAAAAAAUUGAUAUGCUCAAUACCAAUACCUAGGUUGUUGUGAAGCUGGAUUUCUUUUUUUGUUGUAAAAAACAAAAAUUGAGUUUAAUAUUUUUAUCUAACAGUAAAAUAUCAAAAAAGGUGUUUGAAAUUGAACAAAUAAUGGGAUGAGUGCAUAAUUGUAAUUGCAUUUGGGCUAAUCCUUUGUGUUUAUAUUGAAGGUGAAAAAUAUUGUUGGGCUGUUGGGAAUGGGUUUGGGUUUCAGAGUUAUAGAAGAUUGGUGCUGGCAGGCAAUUUGCCAAUUGGCAAAUCCUCAGGUUGAGGUUGAGGGAGGAUUGUGGUACUAAAUAAACAAAGAAAGAAAGAUAAUAUAAUCUAUAGGAAUCCGGAUCAAUCGGAACAGAAAGGUGAGAAUGGGGGAAGCAGUAGUGGCAGCGCACAACGUAUUCGUAUAUGGAAGCCUAUUAGCAGAUGAUGUGGUCCGUGUCCUGUUGAAUCGAGUCCCCACUUCCUCCGCUGCUCUUCUCAACGGCUUCCAUAGAUUUAGCAUUAAAGGACGGGUUUAUCCGGCAAUUCUGCCAGUCCGAAACCGUCAUGUUAGUGGCAGGGUGUUAAUGGGAAUAACGGAUCCCGAAUUGCAUAUUUUGGAUGAAUUUGAGGACGUUGAGUACCAAAGGACUCGCGUUGAGGUCUCGUUGCUGGAAAGUUCUGACAAAUUACAAGCCCACGCUUAUGUGUGGAGCAACGCUAGUGAUCCUAACUUGUACGGCGAUUGGGAUUUUGAGGAAUGGAAACAAGUGCACAAGGAAAGCUUCAUAAAGAUGACGAUGGGAUUUAUGGAAGAACAAGAGCUGCCUGAAUCAAAGCCAAGAGUGGCCACUUACGAAUCCUUCUAUCAGCAAGAUGCUGCUGAAAAGUGAGGAAUCAAUCAUGCUUCCUUCUUUUCUUUUCUUUUUAUUAUCAAAAUCUAUGUAAAUAAUUAGAAUGCUCGAUCGUCGUUUGGUUAUUAGUAGUAUGUUUUGGUAUUUGCCUUGCCUGAAUGAAUUGCAGACAAACUUUACUGUAAUAAUAUCACGAUUCAUGAAUGAUGAUUAAUAAAUAAACUCAUAAUCUUGGGUUCAUUUCUUUGAA